AUGUCUUCAUCCACUUGCCUGCUUGACAACUCUGAUACUGCUGGCCACCUAAAACUCUCCUCUCAAACAUUCAUCCUGGGCACUCCCAACUCCUGCUCGAUUCAACUCAAUCAUAUCGACCUUGGUGGUGAGACUGGUGGCUGCCGUGCUCAUAUUUUGUCUCCAAACUUAACUCCACUAACUCGGAUCUACGCAAACCUUGGACUGGCAUCUAUUGUUGAAAUGUCGGUAAACUCCGUCGCCUGCGCUCUGCUCCCUGAUCCUGACGGUGACCAUAUGUGUGGGGCCGGAAGGAUUGCUGUAUGCCCGUCGGCUCCAUGUUUAUCACUUGUUGGACUCAACUCCCCUACCAAUAAAUCCAAGCUAUCUAUGGCAUAUUCUUCUACCACUACUGCAUCAACUACAACUACAUGUACAAACCCAUCCACGGCUACCUCGGGCUAUUCGGGUCAUACUCUCGAUCAUUGGUCGGCAACUAUGUUGGCGGCCCAGGCACUGGCUCGAACUAAAAAAGUGUUCAUAGGCGGAGUGGCUACAGCAACGACAGCGGAAGAACUUGAGGCCUACUUUGCGGAUUUUGGCAGGGUAAGUCUCUUAUUUUACACUAGAUAG